AUGGGUUGGAGAGGGAUAUUGGGUUUCGACUACGGGAUUGUUCAGGCGCCAUUAGGGCCCGAUAUUUCGGGCCCAGAGCUCGUUGCAGCUGCUGCUAAUGCUGGUGGUCUUGGUUUUCUCAGAACCCCUGAUUGGCUGGCCUUUGUACCUUGUGUACUAAAAUCCUCACGAGCUGCUGCAUGUUGUUUGUCUUCAUGCAAGGAGGAGGAGGCACCAGAUUAUGUGAAAGAACUUAUAAGGAAAACUCGGAGUUUGACCAAUAAACCAUUUGGGGUAGCUGUUGUUCUAGCAUUUCCUCAUGAGGAGAAUAUAAAGGCUAUACUGGAGGAAAAAGUCGCAAUUUUGCAAGUUUAUUGGGGUGAAUGUUCGAAAGAUCUCGUACUUCAGGCUCAUCAAGCCGGCGUAAAGGUUAUACCCCAAGAUGGAUUAAUCACAUUAUUGCCGAGAGUGGUGGAUCUUGUUCAUGGUCGUGAUAUUCCUAUAAUAGCCGCUGGGGGUAUAGUGGACGAGCGCGGUUAUGUCGCUGCUCUCGCCCUUGGGGCCCACGCUGUUGCUAUGGGCACAAGGUUCCUAGCAACAGAGGAAAGCUAUGCUCACCCCAUAUACAAGGCGAAGUUGGUUGAACUACAAAAAACGGAGUACACGGACGUGUUUGGGCGCGCAAGAUGGCCCGACGCACCUCACCGCGUCCUAACAACUCCCUUCUUCAUGGACUGGAGGACCCUUCCAAGCGACGAAAAAGAAAUUCGGCGUUUUGCGGGUACAGUUCCAAAUGCGUCGACAACAGGUGAUAUAGAGAGCAUGGUAAUGUAUGCAGGACAAUGUGUGGGCCUCAUUAAGGAAAUUUUGCCUGCGGGCGAAGUUAUAAAGAGAGUUGUGGAAGGGGCUCAAGCACUAAUUCUGAAAGAGUUUGCAGCAGAUAAAAAUUCUGGAGAGCACAUUUAG